CAAUUUUCAAAAAUACAUAAGACUAGUCAGUAAAGCGCUCAUGAAAACUGAUGAUUUACUGUCGGCAGAAGUUGAUAAUUUGCCCAAACAUUUGACUGAUGCUCCUAUUCCAGACCUUCCAGAUGGCUCAGAUCGUAUGCUUCCAAGUCCUUACUGCAAACGUUCUGAGGUCAAACACACCACCAAGUCUACUGGUGAAACUUUAGGAGCAGAGUAUGGCAGUGCUAAGGUGAUACCUCUUGCUGAAGCUCUACCUAAGAGAAUUCGUGAUCAAAUGGAUAGACGAGAUGCGGUCAGAAAAAGAGCAGUGUCUACAGACUGUCGAACAGUACAGAAACAAUCGAAUUCACACAACAUUAACUUUAUUUAUGGCAGUAAUUCAAAAAAUCUUAAUCACACAGAAGAUACAAAACUUUUACAAGAACAACAAGCUACUUUUAAUACUGAAAAUAUAAGUGGAACAUUAAACAAUUCAUCGGUUUCAACGAUAAACUCUCCACUACCUAUCAGUCAUCAAAAUACAGAUCAUUCAUUAUAUGAAUCAGAAACACUACGAAAUACACUUGGGCUAACUAGAGUUUCUUCUUUAGAACUUGAAUCGUCCAUAGCACCGUCAAUUAAUCAGUAUAUUUCACCUCCAAACUGUGAAGCUAAUCUAGCCUUUAACACAACAACUUAUCCUACAUAUUCAACAAAUCAAUGUUGUAACGACAAUCAGGCCAAGCCUCACAGGGAUUCAAGUUUAUCUAACACAUCUAACUUGAGUUCAAUAAAAAAGCCAAAAAGUAGUCGAUCAACCAUAAAAACAUCGACUGCUAACGUCAAACAUACCAAAAGUAAUCCAAACGCUAAAACUACGAGGAAGGUUACUAAAAAUUUGUUGACCAGUGCUGCUGAAGGUCUUCAGGAGCUUUCUCAGGAUUCAUCAGAUGCUGAUGACAAUGAAAUUCUACCUGAUCUGUGUUUCUCUAAGCAAAAUUCCAUUUUAAAUUUAAGUGAUAAUAAUAGCGACAGAGGUAGCAGCAAUAGCAGUAGUACUAGUAAGCAUACAUAUACUAUGGAGAGUCCAAGUGAAUUAUUGGAUAGAGCAUUGGGUUUAGAUCAAAUGGAAAGGAGUUACCAUUCUACAAUAUCUAAUAGUUCAGUAUCUAAUUCCGGUUCACAUAAUCAUGAAAAUUCAGUGAGUAGUGGAACUUUCACUCGUCCUCGUCUACCUCAUACUGUUAUGCCUAAUGCAGAUUUGAACUUAAAGCCUAAUAGUACAAAUGGUUCAGCGAGAGAUAAGAAACCAUCUCAUCGUCCACUGAGAAUGGCAGAAUUACUGACAUUUGAAGAAUUGGACAAUUAUUUAUUUGAUACGCAGAAACUAGUUUCACAACUAGAGCAAAAGAUGGCAAAUCACAAAUCUGAAAAAGUGAAUAAUCAUGUGCAGUGGUCUGCUAGACUGAAUGAUGCAAACGGUUGUGCAGAAGAUUAUGAAGUAGCGAAGGCAUUAGAUAACGCUGAUCAACUGCUUGGUUCAGCUGUAAAUAAGCGUCUAUCAGCCAUCCUACAGAGACGGCAAGAUAGAUCAAGGCCUAGUAAUGGCGAUAUUGAACAUAUGAAAAGAGGUAUAGUUAAUGGAUCUAAUGACAUUUCAUCACAACGAAGCACUCGAUCUAAUGACAUUUCUGAACAAAGGAGUACUCGAUCACGCAGAAUAGGUCAGUCUAUGGUAACUGGCCGACCACAAUCUCAGCAACCUACACCACGGUGUACAAAGAAUUCCAAUAUCUCUCCAUAUGAUCACUCUUCAGUACCCAUGAGAAAUGCAUCUGAAACACGACGUAAUUACUCAAAGUUAUCACACAUUUCAUCAAAUCCUCCAGUGUCUACAGACAGGUCUACCAAAACAUUAUUCUCUCAAAAAACAGUUAGCUGUGAUCGUAAUACUGCAUCUAAUAAUCAUCUGUCUAUUUCGUCUACACCCGAAAAUGUAAGACAUUCAGGUUCAGAUUCACUGAAGAAUAGCAAGAUGUUGGCUGCCUUGAACUGGCAACGCCGAAAAGCCUAUGACCCUAGACAGUUUAUUCAUAAAUCAAGUGGAAGUUCAACAGCACGUUCACAAAGCCGACCACCAAAAGAAGAUGAUACAAUGAGUAUAUCCACUGAAGGUAAUUCCAAAAGUUGUGUUACUAGCCGAUCCAUUCAUCCAACACACAGAUUAACUGUUACUACACGUCGAACUGCACCAGUAGAUACAGCUGAUUGUAUAGCUGCAAUGGAAGUUGUCAGACAAAUAAAACUAAGCAGUGGUGUUCAAGAUAUUCUGCCUUUUAACAGUAAAAAAGUUAGUCAAUCAGUGAGUGGUGAUUCAACUCGUAGAGGAAUGACAAAUCAACAUAAUCAAGAAAUUAAAGAAACAGAAUCUAAACUUAUGACUGUUAAUAAUAGAAAAUCUGCUAAAUGUGAAUCCCGUUCAAGAACAAAGCAUACAAGUAAAAAUAACUCUGUUUUAGAUAAUGGAAUGCAUCAGAAAGACUCUAGUCGACAUUUGAGCGUCAAUGAGAACAGGACAGGACAAAAACAAUUUCCAUUCAUUGUCAACUCUCGUCUAUCUACAAAUCCAAAUAAUCAUAAUGGUCAUUUCACAGUUCAAAAUGUACCUCAAUCUUCUGUUGAUGAAUCUGUCCCUCGAUGUUCUUUACCUGUAUCGAAGCUUAAUUCUAACGAAUUUACUACUAAUAAUAGUAAUAAGGUUCCUGUCCAAGAAAUUAUAAAGGAUGAUAUGAACUAUCCAGACAUUGCAGUUGAGUCAGUAAAAUAUAAAGUAGAGAAAUUAACCAACUUUAUUGUCCGCCUUCGAAAACGAAUUGAACGUGACUAUGCGGAACAUGGCACCUGUUCACCAGGUGAUGACGUUUUCGGAGAAGAAGCUGUAGGCGCUGUUAUCGCCGGUCGACCAACUGGUAUGCAUCCAGUAGUUGCAACAUGCCUACAAAAUCUACGUAUCCUUGAAGUGAAUGCACAAGAAAUAUUCAAUUUACUCUAUCCAAAUGAAGUAGAUUUCUGGGAACCAGCAAGAGUGUGUUUAGCAGAAGGCAAAGAUGAUGAAAAAUUAUUCAAUGAUGCUCGAAGUCAAAUUACUGAACAUUUAACUACUUCAAUUGAAUCCUCUAUAAAAGUGAAUAAUACAACUAUCAAUAAUAAUAAUAAUCAUGAAAAAUCUUCUAGUCCAGUAAACAGCCCUCCUGAUUUAUCGCCUUUUGCAAAUAAAGAGACAGAUAUGCUUGGUGUAGCAGAUUUAAUUUAA